AUGCCUCCACCCCGCCUCCUCUACUUCCUCACGACUAUUGACUCGUAUUUGAGGAAAGGUCGUCGAGCAGACAACACUCUAAUUCAGCACCAUCCACCUUCUUACCCUUCCCGUUGUCAUCUCCUCCACUGCUGCCGCUACCACCAUCGUCGUCAACCAACCGCUGAAGAAGUCUCUGCUGUCUGUCUGAAGUCUCAACGUCACCGCGGAGGUCUGGGUGAGCGUAACAUGACACGUACAGAGGAUAUGGAAGGGAAGUGUACGGCUGCAAAGGAAACGGAAUGGAGAAGGUAG